AUGGCCAUCAACGUCUUGCUCGUCUUUUACUUUCGCGCCACUCCGGACUCGUUUGCCCGUUGGUGGUGGGUGUACUGCCUAAUCUGCUAUGGAGGGCCAUUUGUCAUUGCCAUUUCACUGUUGCUUGCCAAGACUGGCAACAAUAUACCGGUAUAUGGUGAAGCAACAAUUUGGUGCUGGGUCGACAGACAGUGGGACUACAUUCGAAUCUAUACAUAUUACAUGCUGAUAUGGAUUUGUAUUGUCGGCUCCCUGGUCUGCUACCUUUUGGUCGGGUACCAUGUCUUUCGGUCCCGAGACAGGCUUCGCAGCCUAACAGCCUCGACUAGUCGAGAUCCAGCUAUUCUUGACUUGACACGCAAUGACGAGAAUGAUGGGUGCUAUGGAACUGUCGUUACCGAAGUGCAAGUGACUUCAUGCGCCGGCACACCUCAACCGCCGCCAAGAUCAGCACAACGACCACACUCAGCCGACAUUGAAAGCCAGCGCCCAACGCAGAGUGUUUUUGAGCAUUCGCCGACACAUGUGCCGCCUGGCUUUGUUCAGUACUUUUCUUCUGUCGAGUCGCCGAGUCAAAGCGGUCGCCAGGCACAGCAAUCGCCGCUCAAGAGGGCAAUGGCAUCAGUCAAGAGCGUCUGCCGACAGUUUACCGUGGCCGACCCUGUCAAGCGGGCAUACUUGAGAACCAGCUUUCUUUUUGCCAUAAGCGUCCUCGUCACCUGGAUCCCGAGCAGCAUGAACCGCAUCCACAGCUGGAUUGCCGGCCAGUCUCCCUAUCAGUUUCACGUGGCCACGGCAGCGGUUCUCCCCCUGCAAGGCCUGUGGAACGCCAUCAUCUUUUUCGUCACGAGCUGGAACGUCUUUCAGCGACAUCGCCGAAACACGGCUGCUUCUGCGGCGGCGGCAGAGGCGAUUGACAGACUGCGCCAAGACAGCGCCAACCGCAACAACAACAACAGUGGCAGCAGGGCUAGCAAUGGUGAUGUUGGGCGAUACGGAAGCUGCCGCAGUGAGACUGACCUAGGCGACGCGGAUUCCCGGACAAUCAGUAGUGAUGUUGAGCUGCAGCGGCGAUGGAAAUCGCAGGGUUCGAGCACGCCCCCUAUGGCAUGGAAAUGA